CUGGAGGGUCCUGCUGAGCCGGGACUGAGGCAAGCGGAGCCCUGCUGCUCGGAGGGAGCAGACCCGGAGAGAAAACGGGCCACGGCUGGGGCAUCGCGGCCAUGGGUGUGGAAAUCGAGACCAUCACGCCAGGAGACGGAAGAACGUUCCCAAAGAUAGGCAUGAUUGCUGUGGUCCAUUAUACAGGAAUGCUACAAAAUGGAAAGAAGUUUGAUUCCUCCCGAGAUCGAAACCAGUCUUUCAAGUUCAAGAUGGGCAAAGGAGAAGUCAUUAAAGGAUUUGAGGAGGGGGUUACACAGAUGAGCCUGGGACAAAGAGCAAAGCUCACCUUUACAGCUGACAUGGCAUAUGGUGCCACAGGCCAUCCUGGAGUUAUCCCCCCAAAUGCUACUCUGGUUUUUGAUGUGGAGCUACUUCGGAUAGAAUAAAAUCAGGCAUCUGACUGAAGGCCCCUGUUGAUAUCCAUCAUUUUCCCCAUUCCUUUUAAUGGGAAGAAUCUCACUG